UACUCGGAAAACUCUGUUAAGUGUCGCACGUGUUUUUUCCGUGAAAAAUUGUCGUUUUUCAAUUUAUUUUACAACCGCAUGAAUUAAUAUUUAAGUGAAAUCAAAAGUUUGACUAUAAACUUUGAAUUUUGGUGAACCUUACGGAUAAUUUUGUCAAAAAAUGAUGUGUCCAUAAAUCGUUUCCUAAUAUUUCUUGCAAAUAUAAUUAACCUCAAAAAGAAAGGAAUGUUUUGCCGAAUAAUGUCAAAAUUGUGUUAAUGUUCAUGACAUGUGUGAAACGUAAGAAAAGAGGUAAAAAAAUGAUGGAUUCUGGAAAUUCGAGGAAUAAUUUUGAUUUGGUGCUUGCGCCAUUUCAACCGACAACUCGUGUUGUUCUUGAGGUUUCACUAAAUAAGGAAAAAAGUACAACGAGUAUUUUGAAUGUCAAAAAUCCCAGCGAUCACGAUAUAACUGUUCACGUCACAAAGCGACCAAUACCCGAAAAAUGUGUCGACUUGAGUUUCACCGAGACAACAAUAGCGUCAAAAAAAUCAUCAACUCUCUAUAUUCACUGGUCGCCAAAACUAUGCGUCACUUGGUGGGAUAUUCUUCAACUAGUCGACAACAAUCGAAAUAAAUACGAAGUAACUCUAAUAAUGCGUUCGAAAGAUCCACCCGAGAAAUACCUCAAAACCCGAAUUCAAAAAACACUCCAAAACGGUUCGAAGAUACCCAAAAAAUUACUCACCUUCAAGAAGGAAUAUCAACCGCCUGCCACGAAUGAUAUUCAACCCCAAAAGAAACGACCACGCGCUACCGACACUAAUUUCGAACUCUCACCCAAAAAUGAGCUCGAAACAAGUUUUAGGGAGAAGGCAAAAAUCAAACGACCACGUAAGGAAUCUAACAUUUCCACUCGAAGUCGACUUCUUUUUAGGAGCAAUCGCGAUUCGACGAGGAAGAAAUCAUCGUUUUUCGAACGUGUGUUUCGUCGGGAGUCGUCAAAGGAAGAAAAUUCUCCGGAGGGAACAACGAAUCGUGCAAAACUUGGAGAAAAAAUUUACGAAUUGCGUCGUGAAACUUUUCUAGCUGAUGAUUCGAUUCGGAGAUAUUCAUUCGAUCGUGAUUUGAGGCGAGAGACUUUUAUAAUUGCCCCGAAAAGUAAUGAGAAUAUCGAGACGGAUAUUAAUUGUAAUGUUACCAUUUCUCCGGAAAAGAUGGGAACGAAUUUUGAAAUUGGGAGAUUUUCUUCGUUUGCUGGGAUUGUAUCGUCGACGCCCAAGUCGACGUUUAGGAGUCGUUCUCGAGUCGAGGAUUCGAAAAAGAAUUUUCGUCUUGGUUACAAUUUUGGUGAUAGAAACUCUGGUGGUGAUGAAUCGCGAGGGAAAUCGGAUGAUAAAAACCCUUUUGAAAGUGAUUUGGAAGAUAAAAAUAGUGGUAGUGCCGAAUCGGAUGAUAAAAACCGCGUUGGAAGUGAUUUGGAAGACAAAAACAGUGAUAGUGUCAAACUGGACGAUAAAACCAACGUUGGAAGUGAUUUGGAUGAUGAAAAACCUGUUGGUGAUGAUUUUCAAGAGAAAUUGACUGAUGAAAAUGGCGUUGGAAGUGAUUUGGAAGACAGACAGAGUGAUAGUGACGAACUGAAUGUUAAAAACCCUUUUGAAAGUGAUUUGGAAGAUAAAAACCGCGUUGGAAGUGAUUUAGAAGACAAAAAGAGUAAUAGUGCCGAACUGGACGAUAAAACCUACGUUGAAAGUGAUUUUGAAGACAAAAACAGUGAUAGUGGCAAACUGGUCGAUAAAAACCGUUUUGUAGAUGAUCUGGAAGCUAAAACCAGAAAUAGUGCCAAAUUGGAUGAUAAAAACGACGUUGGAAGUGAUUUAGAAGACAAAAACAGUGAUAGUGACGAACUGGACGAUAAAAACCACUUUGGAAGUGAUUCGGAAGACAAAAACCGUGAUUGUGGCAAACUAGACAAUAAAACCCACGUCAGAAGUGAUUUAGAAGACAAAACCAGUGGUAGUGACAAUUCGGAUGAGGAAAUUUGUGUCGGCGAUUAUUUGGAGGACCCAAACAGUGAUAGUGACAAUUUGGACUAUGAACUCUGGUUUAGUGAUGAUUCGGAAGACAAAAACAGCGUUGGCGACUAUUUGGAAGACAGAAACAGAUGCAGCGUCGAUUUGGAAGACAGAAGCAACGUUGGCGUCGAUUUUGAAGACAGAAACAGUGUUGGCGAUGAUUUCGGAGACAGAAACAACGUUGGCGACGAUUUGGAAGACAGAAACAGUUUCAGUGACAAUUUGGGAGACGAAAACAGUGCCAAUUUGGAUGAGAAGAAUAGUGUUGGUGAUAAUUUUAGCGACAAAGACAGUGGCAAUGAUAGUUUUUACGGAAACGAAGAAGAUGCUGCUGAAGACACCGAUGAUGAUCCUGACAAAGGUAGUGAAAUUAGCAGUCAAAAUGGUAAAAUCUGCAAAAACAAGGUUAGUAACAAUGAUAGUGAUGAAAGAAAUGAGAAUCGUAGUGAUAACACCAAAGACAAUGAUAGCGAUAGCAACAGCAAUGACGAUAGUCACAAUUACUUCGGUAACAGUUUAUCCGUAACGGUAAUUCGCAACCCCCACGAUCCCGAAACAGCCAAACUUUUCGAAACGGAAAUUAGCCUUUCUUCCGCAGUCGAUAUUCAUCAGCUACUUUCGGAUAAAGCCAUUUCAACUUCUCCCAGGUUAUGUGAUCUACCCAAAGCGUCCGUUAACUUAUUUCCUGAUUCCCCACUCGAGGAUCAUUUCGGUUCGUCUGAAUCAUCACUGGAAGUUACUCCCGAAGUACCCCAAAGGGAAAUACCCAAAAAUACCGAUUCGCGACUUCCCGAAUCGUCACUUCCGAAAACACUCCCAAAGAAACCGAACGAAAAUCCUCUGGAAGAAUCAUCAAAAAGUCCCGAAGUUCCGAACAGUUUGACACAAAUUGAUAGGGUAUUGGAUGUUCAGGGAAAGUUGUCCUCGUCGCCAGUUCAACGAGUGAAAAAGGCGAAGAAUUCGACAUCACCAAAGAAUCAUUCUUCGGUGAUGACGAAAAACGAUUCUUCUUCGAAGAACGAAGUGAUUGCGAAGAAUGAAACAUUUGGCGAUCCAGUUGGAGAAAGCUUUCCGUCUUUCUCGUCUUCCGACGAGAAUUGGCUAACACAACAAGAAUCGGAGUUCAAGAAAUGGUUGAACGCUCUAAUGACCCCACCGGAGGAUUUCACCGAAACGAGCGCGGUGGAUAUCGGAAAAAUAUGGCAAUCGGUACGAACAAUGGACGUUGACGUUCUCGCCGAAAGUCGGGAGUCAGUUUCGGCUCGUUAUCACACGAACACUAGGUUGGACACUCUUCGCAAGGCGGCUGCUAAAAUGUACCAAAAUCCGGAUCUUGAGGCGAAUAUAGCCUCGGCUAUGAAGUGUAUCCAAAGUGGACGUCUCAUGAUCAAACGGGACACGAAUCUGCAUCUUGACAUCGGACUCCAAAAGGAGAUUAUCUCCCUGUUCAUGAACUACAAUCCCCUUUGGUUGCGAAUCGGUUUGGAGACGGUGUACGGUUUACGGAUUCCUCUUAAGUCAAAUAACGAUCUGGUGGGUAUCACUCGAUUCCUACUUUCUCGCUUUUUCUCCAAUUCGACUAUUAGUGAUCAGUCCAUGUUCGCCACUUCUUUACGGUCCGAUACACUUCGGGACGGAAUUAAUACUUUUAUACUCGAGACCUUUUUGAAAUUCGUCGCCUUUUUGGAUUAUGCCAAAACUAACAAGUUGAUCGGCGACGAUCCGUGUCUCUUUCGGAAAAAGUCGCCGAACAAGGAGUCGAGGAUGAUUUUGGUCAGGUUUUCAACUUUGGUUCUGGGUGGAAUCGGAGACGUUAUUAAACUAUUGCGGAUCGGUGGUUACGUCGUCAAGCACCAACAGUCUUACCUAGAGGAAUUCGACUACGCGGUUCAGGACAUGAACUACGAUCUUAGAGACGGGGUCAGGUUGUGUCGCGUAAUGGAAAUCGUGACAGGACAGAAAAAUUUGACUCCAAAAUGCAGCGUUCCGGCUAUUUCGAAAGUACAACGGAUCUACAAUCUAAAAAUAGCGCUCGACGCUCUGGAAAAAGCGGGUUAUGUCAUCAUCGGCGAUAUUGAGCCGAAACAAAUCGCGGAUGGUAAUCGGGAAAAGACCCUUAAUCUCCUCUGGCAGAUUGUUUACAAAUUCUACGCACCGAGAUAUCUGAGUGCUGCGAUUCUUCUCCAAAAUUGGUGGAGGAAGAAACUUCGAUUUUUACGUUUUCGCAAACUUUUGGCGAUUAAAAAAAAUUCGGAGAAUAAAAACCAAAUGGCGGUUAGAAUACAGACCUGGUGGCGUGAAAAGAAGAAAAUCGGAGAGAAGGAACAGAAGAUUUUUGUGUGGAAAUUCUUAAAGACUCGCGAAGUGAUGAUGCGACAUCGGGAGCAGUUCGAGAGGGUAAAUAAAGCUUUCGAUCUUGUGGAACAAAGAUGGAUGAGUAGGUGUGAAGCGAGCGCUACUUUGAUACAACGAACCUGGCGGAGGUACCAAUCGAAAAAACAAGAUUUACUCCAAAAAGCCGCUAUUUUCGUUCAGAGGAGAUGGAGGAACAAAAUUGCAAACCGCAAAACAAUUCUCCAAGAGCGUCUCGAAUCGAUCGUUAAGAUUCAGCGCCACUGGCGAAGAAUUUUGGAACGAAGAAAGCGUCACGAGUCGUCGGUAAAGAUUCAGCGCUUUUGGCGGGGGAUUUUGGAACUAAAACGUAACCGUCGCAUCAACGCGGCCAGAAUUAUCGAAAACUACUACCUUUCUUGGAAAUUAGCAAAACGAGAAAGGGAACAUUAUCUAAAACAAAAGCAGUCUGCGAAACUUAUUCAAAAACAUUUUCGCUGCUGGAAAGUAGCGAAAGAACAAAGAGCGAAUUAUCAACGAGUGAAAAAAUCGGUGACAAUUAUCCAGCAAAGAUGGCGCGCCAAGAAGAUGAUGAACUUACAGAGGGAAAAGUAUUUGGAGAAGAAAAUGGCGACUAUUUUGAUACAGAGGAAAUGGCGGGCGAUUUUAGUUGGACGUGCGGAACGGGAAAAUUUAACGAACCUACAUAAAUCGGCAAUGAAGAUACAACGAUUUUGGAGGGAAGUUUUACAGCGAAGAAAGAGACGAGAGGAGAGAGAGAAUUUAAAACGAAAAAUUUCUUCUUCGGAAUUUUCGGCUAAAACGCUGGCGGAUCGUUUGAGGGAAUCGAUUGAUAUUUUCAAAAUGACGAGCGAUUUGGGUCGAUUGUCGAUGUGCCUUGCCUCAUUGGACUUAAUAACACGUCUGUCGAAUAGAAGUUGCAUUAUCGUUUGCAACGUUGGAUUAGUGGAUAAAAUAUACGAAACAUUGCUACGAUCGAAUAGAUCAUUACCAUGGAUUGAGGCUUCAUUGCGUGCGACGAGUAUUUUAAUUAAUCUCGCAAAAUAUUCGCCGACAAAAUCAUUUGUCUUGAAGGAAAACUACAUUGAAGUUAUAAUGAGAUAUUUAACCGUAACGGUCGAAAAAAAUGUGAAUUUAUUUUUACAUCUCGCAACGCUGCUGUGGAUACUUGUAGAGGAUCGCGACUACGCGAAGGCUGUUUUAACCAAUAAACGUGCAAUUUGGUUGUUAAGAAAAUUGGAGGCCACUGUCCGUGGGAAAAGGAAGAAUUUCCUUUAUUCAAAGGAAGCGAAAUUUCUUCUGCCAAAUUCAAAACCUGAUUGGGGUUUAGAGCAAAGGGAGCCACGACUGUUUAAAGACGUUCAUCACGCAACUAUUUCGAUUAAAAACAAAUUAGGAAAGUAUUGAGAACAAAAAGAAAUUUCCAGUAUUAUUAUUCGAUGAAAAAAAAACUUUUUAUAAUUAUUAUUCAAUUAUAACGAAAUAAUUUUAGAAUUUUAGGAAAUGAUAAUUUUAAUUGAAAAGAAAUUACUAUAUCAGUAUUUUGCGCAUAAAAUAUCAGUAUUAUAAUGAUAAUUAUUUAAUUAUUUAAUAUUAUUUAUAUAAAGUUAUAAUUGUUAUAAUAUCGAUUUAUAAAAUGUUUUUUUUAAAUCUUAGGUAAAAUUUGAUAUGUCAAAAUAAUAUUAGGUCAAUAUUAUAAUUAUUUCACUAUUAAUUCGUCACUAAUUAUUAAUAUUAUA